AUUCCUUCUUCCAUGCCACUGUCGUGCACAAUAUCAUUGUUGAUGAUAUCAAUGGCGGCCUGAUCAGAUGUCAGCGUCUUAGUCGCAGGCACUCUUGAUAUGAUUGAUGUCGCUGAUAUCAGCGUCGUGUGCGCCAUCUCUGUUGUUGAACGCCCCAAGUCACGUGUACUCAUCUUGGCAGGCGCAGGGGCAAUGAUCGUUGAUGUAGUUAAUGAAAACGUAGUUGAUGUCAUCGUCGUGUGCGCCAUCUCCGUUGUUGAACGCCCCAAGUCAUAUGUACUCAUCGUGGCAGGCGCAGGGGCAAUGAUCAUGGUUGUAGAUGUUGGUGUUGCUGGUGUGAUCGUGGCCAUCACGGAGAUUGGCAGCUCCCCUCCAGAGCGCUUGGCCCAUUACGGUCAGCAGGGACGGCCCAACUGGUGGGCACGUAAUCAAGAGCGGCUUGACAAGGUAUAUAAUAAGUACAUCGAGGAUGCCGAGAAGGAAGCCAGGAAGAAAGAAGAAGAGGAGAAGGAGAAGGUUCGCAGGGAAGACGAAGCCAAACAGCUUAGAUGGAAACAUGAGCGGGAACAACUUGAAGCUGAGAUGGGAGCACGUCUGGAGAAGAGAAUUGAUGCUCUGGGUGCCAAGUUGACGGGGAAGGAGGCUUGCAGCGGCUGUAAUGAUAAGGUCGGAGACGAACUGGCGAAGUUACGAUCAGAAAACGAGGAACUUAAAAGAAGGUUGGGCAAGUUAAACAAUCCUGGGGCUGACGAUAAGAUCAUGUACCUACAACGGGAGAUCAUGGACCUACGGAAGCAAGUUGCGGAGAAGCAUUCGGACGAAGAUGCGAUUCUCGCUUUACAAGGGGAAAUUGGGGAGCUUACGCAGUCGGCGUAUUUGAAAACCAACUUUGAGACGGAGAUUGCCGGUCUCAGGAAGGAGAUCGGUGUGUUACGAGAGCAAAAUGAACGGAUCACUGCGGAGUCAAACUUGUGGAAGGAGGAGGCAGCGAGGCCGGGUAAUAAGCGUGGUAGUGUGGUGGUUGGCACACCGGAUGGUGUGAAUCAUGGUAGUCCUAAACCACGAUGGACGGGGAGUGUUCGGGGUGGUGAAUCCGUGGAUCGAUGGAAAGCGGAAUAUCGUAACCUUAGAAGUCUGCAUCGGCUUGCUAACAUCGAAGUGGAGGCACUGAAAGAGAAACGGGGUGAAGCAGAAAGGAAAAGGAUCGACGUUGAAAAACAAGUGAAAGCGUUGGAAGAACAAAUGAGUAAACUCUGCGGACGGGGACAAUGCGAACGCCGGUGGAGGUACUAAUCUCAAGGAACGAUUGGAGGAAGUGGCGGUGAGAUCACCACGCACGGGAGUGAGGGCAACCCCGGGCAGGGUUGGUGGAAAAUCGAUCAUUAACAAGAUCAAUGAUCGAUGUGCCUACGUGGAAGAACAAAAGAAGCAACUCAGG